AUGGCAGGCCUACACACGAGGUCAGCAAUGGCUGCUCCCUUCUCCCUGGCUGCGGCCUUCCGCAGCCUUUCCAUCGCCACACCCAAGCGAUCCUUCUCAACGACACCGGCAGCACAAUCGGUCCCGAAACUACCGGGUAGCGCCCCAGCCUACCCCUACGGACCAUCUCAAUGGUACAAGCAGUCCGAUUCCGGUCUCUACGGAGGUGCCUCGAUCCAAUUCGGCAACAAGAUCUCCAAGGGACGCAACAAGGGCAAGACCCGCCGCAGCUGGAAGCCCAACGUGCGCCGCAAGAAGAUUGAGAGCGAGGCUCUAGGCGAGGAUCUGUUUAUCAAGGUUACUCGUCGCGCACUGCGAUCGAUCUACAAGGCCAAGGGCCUAGACAACUAUUUGCUUUCGGAUCGUCCAACACGUCUCAAGGAGCUCGGUCCCUUCGGAUGGAACCUUCGACACCAGAUUAUGAAGUCACCCAAGAUCAAGGAACAAUUUGCCAAACAGCGCGCAGCUAUGGGCAUCCCUGAGCCCCCAACUCUCAGGGAAUUUGUGCAGAGCAAGAAGGAGGAAAUGAAGGACAAGAUUGAAAACCUGGACAUCGACGCCUUGACCAAGCCUCGUAUCAAGCGACGAACCACCCUGGCCUAUGCCAAAUAA